GGGGCAGCACCUCACCAAACCCAAAAAAAGCAAACUGUUCGUGACUCAAUUACAAUUAAGCCGUAAUUUUGAGUGAUAAGUGCGUAACAAUCAAUUAGACUAUUUGUGUGCCAAUUUCGUGUUAAUUACCCCAAAAUUAAAAAUUUUGAUUUUGGAAAAAACCAGUCGGUAUGGUAGGUCGCACCAUUGCCAGAAAUUUCUAGGUUAGAAUACCCAGUAAAAAACCAGGCUAGAAUGGCAAAUUUAGGCCGAAUUGCCCUCCAACGUGUUUUUUUGAGCGGCCGAAGGCACCUAACGUGUGCCCCUAUCGUUUCUUUGCGCCCCAUUCGUAAAAAAACAGUUUCAGGAGCCGCGUUUUUUGUCCGUUGUACGAGCACAAGCCCCAAUGCGAGUAAAGCGUCCGAUGAGGAGCACCACUCGAUUAUCAAAGACACGGAAAAGCCGAAAGGCGAGCCCACCAAGCACGAAUUCCAGGCCGAGACUAGAAUGUUGCUUGAUAUAGUGGCAAGAUUGCUGUAUUCCGACAAGGAGGUGUUUGUCAGGGAGCUGAUUUCGAACGCGAGUGACGCGUUAGAGAAGUUUAGGUAUCUGACGGUGUUGGACCGUGAGGGCCUGCGGGACCCCAACCGGGUCCUGGAAAUCCACAUUUCGACCGAUAAGCAGGCCCGGACUUUGACGAUUCAAGACACCGGGAUUGGCAUGUCGAAGGAGGAGCUGAUCGCGAAUUUGGGCGUCAUUGCACGGUCGGGCUCCAAAGCCUUUAUCGAGCAACUCAAGUCGAAGGAACUGACCUCCGACAGUAGCAACAACAUUAUCGGGCAGUUCGGUGUGGGUUUUUACAGCGUUUUCAUGGUGGCUGAUAAAGUAGAUGUCUACACGCGGUCCUCGAUGGAGGACCAGGGCUACAAAUGGAACUCUGACGGCACAGGCUCGUACCAAAUCCAGGACGCUGAGGGGGUGCAGUGCGGCACGAAAAUCGUGCUGCAUUUGAAAACCGACUGUCGCGAGUUUUGCGACGAAACAACCGUCGAAAAUGUCAUAAAUAAGUACAGCAAUUUCAUCGGAAGUCCCAUUUAUUUGAACGGGAAAAAAGCGAAUAUCGUGCAACCAGUGUGGUUGUCUGAGCCUAAAAGUGUGACGGUGCAGCAGCACAACGAGUUCUAUCGCUUCAUAAGUGGGAGUUAUGACGUCCCGAGAUAUAUACUACAUUACAAAACGGAUGUCCCAUUGUCGAUUCAUGCCUUGUUGUAUUUUCCCGAGGGAAAGCCAGGGCUGUUUGAGAUGUCGCGUGAGGUGGAGUCGGGGGUCGCCCUCUAUACGAGAAAAGUUUUGAUUAAAAAUAAAACUGAUAAUAUUCUCCCCAAGUGGCUAAGAUUUGUUAAGGGGGUUGUUGAUUCUGAAGACAUUCCGUUGAAUCUUAGCCGGGAGUUGCUGCAAAACAGCGCACUUAUUAGGUACAGUAUCGCCUCUAUCCGGCUACCAAUAAUUUAAAGACAAGGGUAUUUUGUGUAAAUUUUAUUUUUGUAAGGCUUAUCAGCUUACGUAAAUCACCUCGUAUGUGAUAGCAAAAUAUUUCUUUCUUUAUUUAUUUUUUUCAACCUAAAGAAUCCUCUCAAACAAAGCUGUGUUAUUUGAAUCAUCAUGUAUAUCAGAAAUUUUUCUGUAUUUUUUUUUUUUUGUAAACAAUUGGUUUAGACAAUUAGAAUCAAAUUUGCCCACGGCAUUUUUGGCAAAAUUUUUGUAUUUUAAUAUUCAGUAUUUAUACUUGUGUCUUAAUAAUUUCUGGAAUAAUUUUCUUCCUUAAAAAAAAUUGAUUUCGUUUUUUCAAGACCUCAUUUAUUAAAACUUGCUUUUAUUUUUUUUUGUUGUCUACGAAGGACUAUAAGUUAGGAGACGAAACUAGAUACAAAAUCGCACCCAAAAAAAAUAGUACAGCAGUGUAAAAUGAGGGCCCUUCCAGCGUUAUACCGUCUCGGUGCCAAAUCGUUUUAAAUUAAUUAAAAUUCAACCAGUUCACUAAUUACUUGGAAAAAAAUGCACAAAUGUUGAGCUUUGCAUUCUCAAUAGAGUGAGAAAAACUGAGGACUAAAAUUUUCAUGAGAAACAUGAGAAAAAAAUUAUUUAAGAUUUAAAAUUUGCGCUUCGUUCCGUAUUUUUCAAAACGCUGCGAAUACGGUUAAAGAAACAAGAAAAAUGUUCAGAAGAAAGUUGUAGAGAAUUAAAUUUGCUUUAAAAAAGUCAGCGAGACCAUAUCUUUAUCUUCAACGGUUUAGGCUUUAAAGACGUUCAAAGAUGCUCAAGUCGGGGAAAGUGAAUUUAUACCCAAACCGUUGAAGAUGGAAAUAUGGUGUCGCGGACUUUUUUGUAGCAAAUUUAAUUCUCUACAACGUCGUUUUUUUCAUUUUUUUGUAUCUUUAACCGUUUUUGCAGCGUUUUAAUAAAUAGGUGACGGUGCCCAAAAAAUUAUCGCUUAGAAUUAUCAAUUUGCAAACGCAUUGAAUACGGUUGAAGAUACAAAAAAAUGAAAGGAACGAGGUUGUAGAGAAUUAAAUUUUCUACAAAAAAGUCCGCGACACGAUAUGUCUCUCUUCAACGGUUUAGGUAUAAAUUAAUUUUCCAAUACUUGACCAUCGGCAAAAUGAUGGAAAUUAAUUCGAUAAAAAGUAUUGAUUGAAAGUGCAGCGGUGUUUUUUGAUAAAGAAUAAUGAGCGAUUCGGAAACAGAGAAUUUGUUAGAAGAACCCUGGAAUAUUGGAAUGAUCGGCAAUAAUUCCGGAAAAAACAAAAUGACGAUAUGAAAAAUUCUUAAAUGAAGCACCUGAUGAAGAAUUUUGAUUAAUAAGCUCACUGUGAUAUUAAGAGUCUCAGGGACUUGUAGAAGAGAGGAAUUAUAUAACAUGACUAUUAUAAUAAUAGGAGUAAUAUACAACGGCCUCUGAGUUCUGUGACUAAUGCAACUGAUUCAGUUCUAAUUGUGCGCAAACGAGUCGUAUUACUAUUAACAACUGUAGCAAUUGUACUUUUCACUUUUAGUAUGAAUAAAUAAUUAGUAAAUUUUGAA